UAAAACAAAACUCUUUGGACUGACUCUAAAGCUUUUCAAGAUUUCAAGCGUCUUGUAAUAUUAUUGAACACAAGCUUUUUAUGUUUAUAGUACAUAGGUACGGUACAUAAUUAGUAAAAUAUUGGACCUACACUAUUCAUUGAAAAGAAAAGCACACUGAUACAAAUCAAUGAUAUUUAUUAAUUAUGCCACACGAUUGUGUUCUAAUACUGCAAAGAGUGUUAUGACUUCACUACGAUUAUACAAACAUCUUUUACGUGAGUGUGAAAAAUUACCUCCGAAAGCUUGUUCGCAUUACAAAUUCGCGGUUAAACAGAGUUUUAAACAACAUAAAUUUGAACCAGAUCCUGAGCGAGUAAAAGAAAUAAUUUCGAAAAGCAUUGAGGAUGCCAAAUGGGUAGUAAAUAAAUACAGCAACCAAUAAUGGAUCUUCACAACUCAACAUACAAUAAUAAAGUGCAUUUAAAAUAUAGUUUUAUACAUGAUAUAAGAGUAUUUUAAAUGAAACAAAAUGUUUGGUGAGAAAGUGGAAGAUUAUGAAAUUUUGGAACAUCUAGGCAAAGGUGGAUUUGCACAUGUUUAUAGAGCAAAAUGUCGAAACAGUGGAUUGUUUGUUGCUAUAAAAAUGAUAGACAAAGUGUUGAUGGCAAGUUCUGGAAUGAUCAGUAGAGUGCGACAAGAAGUCACAAUACAUUCUCGACUAAAGCAUCCUGCAAUUUUAGAGCUUUACACCUUUUUUGAAGAUUCACACUAUGUUUAUUUAGUUUUAGAGCUAGCACAUAAUGGUGAACUCGCAAAACACUUUAAACUUGGUACACGUGGGCUUGAUGAAAAAGCAGCUGCAGAUAUAUUCCGGCAAGUUCUUAGUGGUGUAAUAUACCUACACACUCAUAAUAUAAUUCAUAGAGAUUUGUCUUUAAAUAAUUUACUUUUAACUAAAGACUUAAAAGUCAAGAUAGCUGAUUUUGGCCUUGCCACACAACUAAACGGGCCAGAUGAAAAACAUGUAACAAUGUGUGGAACACCUAAUUAUAUUUCUCCAGAAGUUGCUUCCAGAGAGGUACAUGGCCUUCCAGCUGAUGUUUGGGGAUUGGGCUGUAUGUUAUAUACCUUAUUAGUAGGAAGUCCUCCUUUCCACACUCAGCAUAUAAAAACUACCUUAAAUAAAGUAAUUAAUGCUGAUUAUAAAAUACCAUCAGAGCUAUCAAGGGAAGCACAAGAUUUACUCCAAAAACUUCUAUGCAAAGAUCCGAUAAAAAGAAUAAGUUUAAAAGGUAUAAUGGAACAUCCAUUCUUAAAUAUGCUGUCUAAACAAGAUGAAUCAAGAGAUUCUGGAUUUCUUACCACUGUACACAGCACACAGCAUAGUUCGAAACUUAAAUAUGAUAGCAAAUUAAAAUUUGAGUAUCUUGGUAUGCCUCAAUCUAGCAGCUCAACAAUGGAAGAAAAAAGACCAGUAUCAUUCAAUAUUUUUAAUGGAAUGCAAGAUCCUAUACUAUUAACACAUUUUAGUGAAGGUGCCAGUAAUCAGCCACCAAGUAAUAUUGCGAGAAAUCUGUACGGUGAGGUUUUGCAGCACAAGAAGCAACAUACAGUCUUGCCACAUGUAAUUGAAAAUAACAAUGAUAAGGAUAAUGAAUUCAUGCAUUUCAAAAAUUUACAUGUCAAAUGCAAGUCUACUCAAUAUAUGAGUUCCAAAAGCAAUAGUGAUGAAAAUAAAGAAAAUAUUCCCAAAGCUUGCAUUAAUACAAAUUCAUUAAAUGUCCCACCCUUAUGUGCUGACCGAUUACCAACAAUAUCUCAUAGAACUCGAAAUGCCAUAUUGAAAAUAGAACCAUUAGGAGUAACUGUAGAGUUUAUAAAGAAAAAAGGAAAAAAUAGAGAAGAAAAGAUUGUAGAAGUUUGCAAAAUCUCUAAAGAUGGAAUGAAAAUUGUUAUUUUUAAACCUGACACUGAAAAAACCAAAGAUUAUCCUCAUGUGGAGCAUGACCCUAACCCUGAUGAAGUAUUUUCGUAUCAUAAUUUGCCACAAAAGCACUGGAAGAAAUAUCUAUAUGCUGCACGUUUUGUUGAUCUUGUCAAAGCCAAAACUCCUAAAAUAACACUAUAUUCUAAAUUAGCCAAGUGUCAACUGAUGGAAAAUGGAACAGAUUUAGAAGCAUUCUUUUAUACUGGGGAAAAGGUCACAAAUACAGCUUCAGAAGGGUUGAAGAUUAUUGAUAAAAAUUUGAAAACAUAUUGUAAUGCUGUGGGGGUUCAAGAAUUAAAAUCUAUAUUUGAACAUUUUGAAGAAUGUUCAGGUCGUAUGAAGCGUGUACAAGAAACACUAUCAUGCCUAUCUGAUGAAUGUUACCCGUUAAUUAUUGGUAGAAGGCCCACAUAUUCAAUGGAAAACAUUUCAUCCCCACAUCAAGGAAGAAUUAACAGCAAUCUUAUGACACCAGUGAUAAACAUAGAUUCAUUUCACAGAGGUGCAAGUAGUUCUAAUCAUGCUUACAGUGAUUACAACAGAUAAUAGACUAUAGGCUAUUUUGAAGAAUACUGUAUAGUAUUGGCCUGUAAAAUUGUAGUGACUCGAUCUUAUUAUAUGGAUUUAAUUAUA